GAUUGGUCAGAAGAAAGAAAGUGACACUUAUAGAAUAACGCCUUCAAAGGGCCAAUCGCUGCCGACCACAAUCACCCAAUCAAAACUCUUAGCGCAUAUAAAUGAAAGACAGUUGAAAAAGUUUCGAGAAUAUAUGAAAUUCUAGGAGAAUUUUGGCCUCUACUAUAGCGUUUCUCCCCCACGGUUUUCUUCAAAUUGAAUUAGUGUGUAACAAACCAUAAAUUUGGCAAGUCGAAAGUUCGACCAAUCCAUCAUUCGUUAUUUGACAUCUGAAGAUUCGUUGGUCAUUUGACAUUUCGAUCCAAUUGUAUUCAAUCCCAAGUCUUAGAUAAACAGCACUGGCCUUUUAAAGUAACGACUUCAAAGGGUCGUGUGUGACAGACUAUAGUGUUGGCACCGUAACAUGUACCAUCUUCUAGCGACUCAUCAACAGUUUGACCAAGAGGUACCACACAUGAUCCCACAGUUACAGUCGCGAGUAUUGGAGACAAGACGAAAACUCACGAGCUUACAACAUCGCAGCAAAAGCGGCCAGAGCCUAACGGUAGAUUCACAAGAACUAUUUCAAGAUUUAUCCCAGAUGCAGGAACAGUGGUUGACCGAAGUUCGUCCUUUCCACCCCGUGGCGACAGACGAGCAAUACGUACCCGAACUAGACAGCUCGCGAGCCCCGAGUAAAGAAGGUAACUAUGUCACACACGUCAAGGCCGAGCCUAAAGAACAACCGUGCGAGCCAGUGAACACACAAGAAACAGUACGAACCUUAAACAGCAGCGGCAAGAUGGAGAACGAUUCAAGUCCUUACAUGAAGAUGAUGGGCGACGCGGCCAACACUUCACCGCUAGUUUAUAGCUGUGGAACCCAGCCCUCGAGUUUCCACUGCAUGAAAAGCUAUCGACAACUUGCUUACGACAAUUUAGCGGCCUUCGAGGGAGCCCCACAAACUUAUGCUCCCGUGAAACAAGAGCCCAUCGACUACAGCACAGCUUCCGAUAACCCAUACGAGCAAGAGCGACUCCAAGGCUACGCAAGCGCUUAUCACCACCAACCUCAUCAACAGCCUGAAUGUUACGGACAUCAAACAACCGCUAACGAAGCGCCGAGCGUAUACGACCCUAAUCUUCACUCGUUCUACGACGAACCGCUUCCAUACGCAGAUCGCUACAAAGACUAUCACAAAGAAUAUAAGGACUACUUCGAACACAAGGAAAUGAAGGAUUAUAGAGAUGUGAGCCCGGAGUUCAAGGUACCAAACGGAGUUCCCUAUCCAGACAACAGGACGUUCCAGCGCCGAGGUUCCUUACAGCUUUGGCAGUUUCUCGUGGCUCUCUUGGACGAGCCAGAAUGUUCGUCCUUUAUAGCCUGGACAGGUCGAGGAUUGGAGUUCAAACUGAUCGAUCCUGAAGAGGUUGCGCGUAGAUGGGGACUCCAGAAAAACCGACCGGCAAUGAACUAUGACAAGCUGAGCCGAUCCCUACGUUAUUACUACGAGAAAGGAAUCAUGCAGAAGGUCGCCGGUGAACGUUACGUGUACAAAUUCGUGUGCAGUCCAGAGGCACUAUUCAGCAUGGCCUUUCCCGACUCACAGAAACCAUACAUCAAACCCGAGUGUCGGGAACCUAAGCCACUGACGCCGCACACGCCCCAGCAACUAGUGCCCCUACCGAAAGAACCUUAUCCAAAAGCACACUAUCCGCAACAACACUACGUAGCGACAUCAACGAACUGUUAUCAGGCUGAGUGGGACAUGGAUUCCACGUGCGUUUACUAGCCAUGAUAGACAGAGUAGAUGAUAUUUCUAUUGAUAUAUUAUGAAUUUAUUUUUGCUCAUGUGAAUCCAAGAUAUCUCUUGUUGCUCAACAGCAGAAGCACUGCUGCAUCCUGGGUAACCCAGCGUUCUUUGCAGUCGCUUUUUAUAGAGUAAUAAGCUCUAAACACUGUCAUUGGCGGCUUAGACCAAACAUUGCCGACCCCUUGCAUGCGACCUAUUCCUUCACAACGGAUUUUAGAUAAAUUUGUAGAUGUAUCAUUUCACGGAGGGAAUAGUGUAGCCAAUGAGUACUGCAAACAGUAUUUGGUUGAGCUCUUAAGAUGAGAUUUGGUUGCUCAACAUUUUUUAGGGGGGUCUAGUUGACUUAAGCUAAAUAUGGAAUGGAGUUCAUAUUAUUAGCAGAUCAGGUGCUGAGGGAGAGACAAAGCAGCUAAAAUUAAUUCACAGACGAAUUUUAGUUGUAUCAGACAGACUCCCUAUUUUUAUUGCCAAGUAUUGUGUAUUUCAAAAUGCUAUGAUCAAAAUUGAAGAUUUUACAAAACAUUGGCAGUACAGCAAGGCUAGUAUGACAAAGAAUGCAUUGAAAGGUCAGGGGCUAAAGCCCCCAUGCCCCCCAUUGGUUCAUGGAAAAUGCUGUUAAGCUUUAUCUCCUGAUUUAAUUUGAGUUCAAUAAAACUCACAUAUGAUGCAAUGUUCAUGCAAGUGGGCAUUUGAACAAAAUUAUUUUUAUUGCAAGUGUUGGCUGUUUUUAAAAAGAUUGAACAGCAUUGCAAUAGUUAAAGAUUUCUCUGUAUUGAAUAUGGAUGCAGAUGAAAUAAAAAAAAACAGUGUACAAAUUUGACAAAAACUAUUACAGCCCAAAAUACAAAGGACUUAUGUAGCUAUACAAAUACUAUUUAUAAGAUUGUAAAAUAUAUAUAUACAUAUAUUAUAUAUUGUACUGUUUACUGCAAGCUAAAUUUGUAAUAUUUGUGGUGUGUGAGUGAAUUUUGACGAGAAAAUAAAAAAAUGGUAUGUGCAAAA